GAUCCUUCUAAACCGAGAAAAUAUCAACUCAAUUUUAACCUUGGCUCCGAAUACGUAAAAGAUUCAAAGCACAUACCGGUUACAGCGAUGGAUCAUCACCACAAUUCUCUUCAGCAGCAUCAACAUAAUUUACGUCAUGCUGAUCUACCGAAUCGUCAACCUGCUUCUUCGAUCACCCUUCCUUCUAUAAGAGAAUUGAUAACACUUCCUCCUUUAUCUUCUUCGCUAAAUCAACAAUCACAUCCUCAUAUUCAACAAGAUUCUAUACCAUUGAAUUCGAGGCCGCAUCUUCCUCCUUUACAACAUUCUCUAGAAUCACCUCCAUCUCAAAACCUUACUUCAUUUAAUUAUAAUCAUAAUACUUCCAAUUCAGUAAAUUCUAUAAACUCUAUAAAUGAUCGUAUGAAUGAUAAUCGUGCUCCAUUUUCUUCGUCAGAUGUUGGUCAUUACCAUCCUCAUCAUGCAUCCCAGAUAACUCAACAACAGCAACCUCCUUUACCGCAGGUAGCGCAUUCUCAUCAAUCAUAUCAACCACAACAACCGUCAUUUCAACAUGACCAUCAUCAAUCUUCGAGUCCAGUUGCCUACAAUAAUUCUCUCAAUCGUCAAUCGUAUUAUUCUCCAAUUUAUUCUAAUGAUAAUGGUUCUUCUCAACAAAUGAUCGCUUCUCAACCUUCAAAUAUGGUUCCUCCUCACGAUCAUCAGAUUUCUGGCAUUAGAAAUAUUCAAAUGGCUGAUCAUCCUGUAGCCCAACCGUUGCAACAACAACCUCUACCGCAGCAGCAUGUGCAACAAAUGUCUCAAUCCUACAAAAAAGCUCAGCCAGUUCCUUUAACUGAUCACCAAACUUUAUCUCAAGUUCCGUUAUCUUCUCCUAAGGUGUCCCAUUUGCAACCUUCACAACAGCAACCAAUUAUGCAAUAUCCUUAUGAAAAUCGGGAAACUUCACCAUCUUAUUUGGCACCUCCGCAUCAGCAUCAUUCCGGAAGUAAUUCUUCCGUAUCAACUCGGUCUUCUUCUCCUACUCCGAGUACUCCGGUUGCUUCUUCCACAAUCCCAUACUCUGCUCAUAAUAGUCCAAUUAGUAACUUGUCUCAACUUGUUGAAAAAUCUAUCGACCAAGGUGUUCCACCUAAAAAGCGCGGCCGUUCUCAAAAGCCAAGACCUAUCGCUCCUCUUGGUCCUUUACCUAAUCAACAACCGGUAACAACCUCUACUCAAUCUCAAUCUAGUGUUACUCACGAUGCCCAUGUAUUCGUACAGUAUGUUCCAACUACCAAUCCUGUUUCGGAUACUGGUUCUCAACUUGCCACUACAAAGUCAACGACCCGUCCUCGAAAAGAUAGUAUAGUUGGUGGUGUGGUUUCUUCUUCACCAAAACGGAAUAGAAAACCUAAGGACGCUGCAAUACCAAAAAUUUUCGUAGAUAUGAAUGAAGAAGAGAAAAAGAUUAAUCGUUCUUCAGAAAUUCCUUCAGAAAUUCCUUCAGAAAUUCCUUCUGAAAUUUCUUCAGAAAUUCCUUCAGAAAUUCCUUCUGAAGAUUUUUCUUCAACUGACAUUAUAACAAAUCAAAAUCUUAAACGUGAUUAUUCUUGCCUUCCUGAAUCUCAAGUUGUUGAUUCUGAUAAUAAGAGAUAUAAACUAUCACAAGAACUUAAUGACGGGUCAGCUAUGAUGAAUGAUGUUAUUGAAACUAAGGAUGAAAGUAUUGAGACUGCAUUAAUUUUAAAUUCUUUGAAAAAUAAUAACAAUGUUUGUGAAAAAUCAAUUCCUCUCGUUUCUAAUACCUCAUUGGUUGUUGCUAAUGUCGAUGUAACAAAUACGAAUAUCGUCGAUAAGAAUGUUGUCAAUAUGAAUGUCCUUGAUACAAAUGUGGUUAAUUCGAAUGUCGAUAAGAAUGUCGAUAGGAAUGUCAAUAAGAAUGUCGAUAGGAAUGUCAAUAAGAAUGUCGAUAGGAAUGUCGAUAGGAAUGUCAAUAAGAAUGUCGAUAGGAAUGUCAAUAAGAAUGUCGAUAGGAAUGUCAAUAAGAAUGUCAAUAAGAAUGUCAAUAAGAAUAUCGAUGAGAAACAUGUUAAAGAAGAGAAUGAUAAUGACCCUCCGGUGAAAUCUACCUGUAUUUCUCGUAGUAGUUCUUUUAACUCUUCUAAACGACAUCAAUCUCCUAUUAAAAAGUCAUCUAUGAACAUUGAUAAAAUGAUUUGUGAGGAUAAUAGUGCUGGUAGUCGUGUUAUUAAAAACAUUGUACAUAUUAAGCAAGAACGUAUUUCAAUAGACAAUGCGGGCAAUGAUUCUGAUAAUGAUCUGGCAAUGGAUGAUGAUUCGGAUGAUGAAGAGUUAUCUAAACGAAAGCAACCUACACAUGAUAAUGAUAUUCAAUGGAAUAGUGAUGAUAUGGAAACAGAGGAAGAAGUUGAAGAAGAAGUUGAAAUUCCUUCAAUAGGCGGUAAAGAUGAUCAUAAACCAUUGGUUUAUUCAUCUCCUCCUUCAUUGGCUUCACCUUUGCUUGAUACUAACCGUGUUAAGGUCGAAGAUGCUGUUAAUUGUGUUAAGGUCGAAGAUGCUGUUAAUCGUGUUAAGGUUGAAGAUACUGUUAAUCGUGUUAAGGUCGAAGAUACUGUUAAUCGUGUUAAGGUCGAAGAUGUUGGUAAUCGUGUUAAGGUUGAAGAUGUUGUUACAUCUCCUAAUACAAAUUCAAAUUAUAAUGGUACUAUAUCACGAAAAGCUUCAACAUCUAGUUCGAUAUCUCGCAAAGGAUCAACAUCUAGCAAUGGUAGUAAUAAAGACAUUAAUGGAGGUUCAUCAAAUACAUCAUGCUCAGAUGUUUCAGAUGCUAUAUCAACAUCAUCAGCAUCACCUACAAACGUUAAUAGUAAUGGUAAACCUCAAAGACCUUAUCCUACUAGACGUAGAUCGACAAUGAGAGAUGAUGAAAAAUUAGAAUUGGAUGCAAUAGAAUGGGAGAAAAAUAUAGAAAUUCCACAUCAUAUUUGGGAUGAAACAUUACGGGUGUUUGAAAUUGUAAAACAUUCUAAAGAAAUGAAGAAUAGGCAACCUCAUCGAAAAAGAAAUCAUAUACUUGCAUCGAUUCUUUUUAUCCUUUGCAGGCAAAAUGGACUUCCUCGUACAUUUGUAGAAAUAUGUAAUGCAGCAUCUAUUAGAAAGCAAGAGAUUGGAACCUAUUAUCGUCUCAUGCUUAAAGUAUUUGAGAGUAAUGGAUUAGGUGGUGGAUCUAAUGUUUCAGUUGGAGCAGCUUCAAUAUGGUUAUCAAUUGCAUCGUGGAACGAGAUUCGUUUACAAAAUUGGAGCAACGGCGAUGAUCAUGAACAAAUAAAGUGUGAACAUAAGGAUGUUGCGCAAGUUGCUGGAGUAGUUAAUGCAACACUUGUUGGUUGUUACAAGAACUUAUUAAAAUUCAAGGAUGAACUAUUACCGCCAGAAUUUUUAAGAGAAGCAAAAACUAGGCCUCCAGAUCUUCAUAAAAAAAGCGUUAUUGAGACUAAUACUGGUAAUAAUGUAGAGGAUGAAAAUAUUGACGACAAGAAAAUUACGCAUAGUCCUUUAUUAGAUAAUAAUAUAAUUGGUAGUCCACCUCCUAUAGAUUAUAAAGAAGCAGAAGAAACAAUAAUAUCGUCGAAAACGGUAAAAGAAGAACAAACACCAAUAUCGACUAUAAAAUCAGAAUCAAUUUCACCAGAUUUAUCAGAUUUAGUAACAAAAGUGAAAACAGAAUUUAAAGACGAUGAAAAAGCAUCGUUACCAAUUCCAAUUAAGCCAGUAACAAAAGUAAUAGAAUCGGUGGUUUCUGAACCUCAAGACGAUGCAGAUGAUGAAUUAGAGGAGGGUGAGCUUAGGGAGGAAGAAGACGAUAAUAUGAUGAUAGAUUAG